UUGUCGGUGAAGUACACGCACGCCAUCAACGACUGCAAUCACCUCUGCUUUUAUGUGCCUCAAUGUGUCCGGGAGUGCGAACAGGGCUUUCGUCGGGAGUCGUCCGAACCCGAAGAGCCUCAACGCCGGGAGUCGGCCGAACCCGAAGCCGAACCCGAGUCUCAUCGCAAGCAUUCCCAUCGCCGGGAGUCGUCCGAACCCGAGGCCGAACCCGAAGAGUCUCAUCGCCGGCAUUCCCAUCGCCGGAAGUCCCCGCCCAGCGGUGACGAGUCAUCGCCGUCGGCUGUACGCGUCUAUUCGUCCGCAGGCAAGGCUUCUCGUGGCGGCGCCGGAGGUGGCGGUAGUCGUAGCAAGUCUUCAGGCAAUAAAGCUGUCAAAUCGUUUAGCGGUAUGUUUGAUAGCAUAUCGCCGGCUCAUUGCGGUCUCAGGUAUAAUGACGGCCGCAAAUCAUCGCUUUUGGGCACCGUUGGUAUGGGAAGGAUUGUCGGCGGUGAAGACGCGGAGCCCCACGAGUUUCCAUGGCUGGUGUCCCUACAGUUCCGACGGGAAGGCAAACCGGUUAAGCAUUUUUGCGGCGGCGCUAUACUUAACCAGUACUAUAUACUGACCGCCGCUCACUGUACUGACACUUUGGUGGGUCAGGAACACAACGUGAUCGUAAAGGCGGGCGUUAACAUGUGGAACGAGCCAAACGGCCAGGUAGCGCAGGCCGAGAAGUUCAUAGUGCAUAGGGGUUGGGACAAAGCCAAACAGAUGAACGACAUAUCGCUGAUCCGGCUGAAGACGCCGCUCCGCUAUUCGGUCAACAACUACGGCCAGUAUCUCGCGAACGCCAUAUGCCUGCCGGUGGACAGUAUGGAUCCGUACGGGUCGGCCGAGUUGGCCGGUUGGGGACAGUUGGGUGAGGACAAGACGAGCCCCGAGUGGCUCCAGAAGAUUGUGAUGCCUAUUUGGGACCGGCAUAAGUGUAGUGUGAAUUACCGCCAGUAUAUGCCCAUCGAGGAGAAGCAUGUCUGCUCCGGCGGCACUCAGGGAGGCCAAGAUUCUUGUAUGGGUGAUUCUGGUGGUCCGCUGGUGCAGACCAAAGGCGACCGUACGUACCAAAUAGGGGUCGUCUCGUUUGGCAUUCCCUGCGCUGUUAAAGGUUUGCCCGGAGUCUACACUAAUCUCAUAUACUUCAUGGACUGGAUUCAUGAUAAUAUACUUUAA